AUCGUUGAAGACAUACGAACAAUAUGUUCACUAAGAUUAUUGCAGUCGCUAUCUGCCUCUUCGGCUUGGCACAUGCAGGAGCCCUUUUCAACAGCGGCUACUCUGGCCAUGGAGGCUAUGGUGGCUAUGGAGGCUAUGGCUCCGGCUAUGGUAGCGGCUAUGGUUACGGAGGUUAUGGCGGCGGCUACGGUUACGAAGGCUACAGUCCAGCUACCUCGUAUACUUCAGUAACUAAAGUGGUCCCUAACACUGGAGCUCAUGGAGGAUACUAUGGCGGUCAAGGCGGAUAUUCAGGCGCUAUUGGUGGUUACAGUGGACUUGGAUACGAUGGGCAUGGUUACAAAAAUCUAGGUUACGGGGCUCAUGGUUACAACGGUUAUAACAAUCUCGGUUACGGAGCUCAUGGUUAUAAUGGUCUCGGUAACGCUGUAUCUUCAGUGUCUGUUUACAAAGAGCAUUCUCCGAGCUAUGCCGGCGCGUAUGGAGGAUAUGGUGGCUAUGGCGGAUAUGGACUAACCGGUUAUGGUAACGGUCUUUACGGAAACAAACUUGGAUGGUCGGCAAACGAGCAGACGGAUUACCUGAUGGUCUUAGUAUUCCUGUGCGCGGCGAGCCUCGCCAGUGCUGGCCACCUCCUCGAGGCUGCUGCCCCUGUGGCAUACAGCUCAGCGCCCGCCGUCUCCUCCGUGUCGUUCUCCUCCCACACCUCGCACGCUCCCGUCGCCACAUACGCCGCCGCUCCCGUCGUCGCCAAGACCUACGCCGCUCCUGCGUACGCCACCUACGCUGCUGGGCCCGUUGUAGCUAAGAGCUACGCUGCUCCCGCCUACACCACCUACGCUGCUGCCCCCGUUGUGACUAAGAGCUACGCUCCAUCAGUGUCUUACCAGUCCAUUUCAACCCACUCUGCUCCCGUCGCGUACGCCAAGACCUACGCCGCCCCUGCCGUCACCACCUACGCUGCAGCCCCUGUUGUCGCGAAGGCUGUUUCCCACCAGUCCAUCUCCAGCCACUCUGCCCCAGUCGUCCACACCUAUGCCUCAGCCCCUGCCGUAUACUCUGCCCCAGUGUACGCUAAGUCAGUAGCACCCGCAGUGUCCUACUCCUCAAUCUCCCACGCCGCACCAGUGACCUACGCCGCCGCCGCUCCCAUUGUUACCAAGACUUACGCUGCUCCCGCCGUCACCACUUACGCUGCUGCCCCCGUCGUGGCUAAAUCCAUUGCCCCAGCAGUGUCUUACUCUUCCUACUCGUCUCACUCCGCACCUGUGGCCUACGCUGCCGCCCCCGUAGUAACCAAGACCUACGCGGCCCCUGCGGUCACCACCUACGCCGCUGCUCCUGUGGUAGCUAAGACCUACGCCGCCCCAGCUGUUGCCACUUACGCUGCUGCUCCCGUCCUGAAAUCCGCGGUGACUUACUCCGCUGCGCCCGCUGUCUCCCACGUCACUUACUCUGGUCUCGGAGCCAACUAUGGUUGGUAA